AGAUGAAUUCGCCCAAAGUUACUUCUUGCGCGUGUUCGGUUUGUUAAGUUAUUUACGGAAUUACAUAAAACAGAAAAAUAAAGGUUUUAUUAAUUAUGAUAAACACAUUCCUACGUUCAAAAUGCGUUUCUUUGUUAAAAGAACGCCAGAUCUCUCAGAUCGAAAGAGUUGUACAUCGGUUAGCCUCUUUUACGGCACGACACAUCUUGCAAGAAACCUCCGAUGAGGCCGGUACUUUACUCACACGUUUCGCGAAGCAUGUUGCGUUGGAAUUGCAAAACCAUGCUCCAAUUGUUCCCACAGUGAUAAGGUAUGCCGAUUAUUUUCCUAUAACUGACACGCGCUACUUGCAGAAGGAAUUGACUGGAAUAUCACCAGACCAAUUACCAGCAUUAAUUGUUUUCGCAUUCACAUAUCGACCCAGCGCUGAUCCUAAUAAAUACGCUACUUUACUGAAUGAGUUGGAUGCCACAGCAAUAAAAUUACUUCCUAAAAUGGAUCUUGACACCAUAUUAAGAACUUUAUAUGCCUUCCUCUAUCUCAUGCCUAAUUGGAUAGUGCGAAUUGAUUUUUAUAACGCGGCGAUGGAGCGUAUACUGGCAAAGGAAAUUUCCGAGAACUUGUCUAAGGAACGAUUUGUUCAAAUAUGCUUCUAUUUGGGUUUAGAGAAAAACCGUGGAGCACAAAAUGGCGAAUUAUUUUAUAAAUUGCUAAAUACGCGUUUAGAUGCAUAUCUUCCUGUAUUAAGUACACUAGAUUUGGUUAUGGUUGCCAAUGCCGCUUUCAAAACAUCUACUCGUAUAGAAAGCAAUGCAUAUAACCAACGCUUAAUAGAAGAAGUACUUAAACUCUCCCCCAAUGAACCCAGCAACGACGCACUUCUAGUAACUUUAGUCAAAGCAUUGCGUCUACAGCGCGUAUAUUCGGAAGAAGUUUUUGAAUAUUUGAAAGAAUACUGUAGUGAAGAUAUCAUUGCAAAGCUACAAACCCGUGGCUGUACUCAUUUGUUUGCCUAUUUUGCCGAUAAUCUUUGGGAUGAGCAAUGCACUAUAGAACCAUUGGUGAAACAUUGUUUACGACGCCUGGUCCCAUCGCAAAAGUUCGAUAUGGUUAGUGAGCACAUGCGUGGCAAAGAUCUUGCUAAAUUUUUAUGGUGUUGCGCACAACUUAACUGCAAAAUACCAGCUAGUGAUCUUAAACGGAUUGAGUCAAUCCUCCUGGAUAAAGUCGAUCAGAACGAGUUUAGAUAUUUUGUGGACCAAUUGGUGGAAAGCUGUCUUUCGUUGUGGAUAUUAGGACACAAGUCGUUCGAUCUAAUUGAGGCAGCUGUGAACAUAAAAUUGCGAUCACAAUUUAGUAAUAAGAAUUACCAAAGGGAUCUGCCUAAAGUCGAAAGUCGUUUUCAAGUUCUUCUUACAUCUAUUGCCAUAGAGGAACCGACGUGGAGGUUUAAAAAUUUGAAAACACCUACAUUACAAAACUUCGAUACACCCGCACCGUCGUAUUUACUAAAGAACCGUAGCGAUUUGGAGAAAAUAACAAACAAAAUUGGCGAAUCCCCUAUUGUUGAUUUUGCUAAACUUGUUUGCCCUAUUAAUGGAAUAAACAUACCUAGCAUAUUAGUGAGUUAUAAGGAACCAGCUAAUACAAAGAUGUUUGUUGAAUUUCUUUCCGAAGACCAAGAGCUGAAAUUUAGCAAAUCUCCCGUUGGGCUAAUGCGACUUAAGAUUCGUUUAUUAAAAGCGAUGGGAUACAAGGUUACUACCUUGGCAGCAGAUGACUAUGACGAAAAUAAUUUAGAAUAUUUGUUAUCCAAUGUCGAGGCCGAUGAUGUUCCCAAGGCUCAAUCAAUAAAAGUGUAAACGCUAAACGAUUUUGUGAUGUUCAUGUGUUGCUUAACACUCAGAGAAAUAUGUGUACAUAUAGGCGGACCUCAGUCAAGUCAGAAUAUCUAUUGUGGAAGUAUAGAAAGAAAAUAGUAGCUUUCAAGCUUUGGAACAAUCUGAUGAACUUUAUCAAGGAGUUACUUGCAACUUGGUGCAAGACAUUCUAAUAGAGGCGUGAAAUUAUUUCUUUCUCAUGUUCAUCUUUAUUUUUUAAAUAAUUCUAUUUGUUGCUUUGCAAAUUGGUUUUAUUACCCUUUUUUUCUUAUAUUCAAAAAUUGCAAUAUUUUAUAUAUUUCUUCAAAAACGAGCAUAAAAGAUUCGCAUUUUGUUUAUGA